AUGCGCUUCACGCCGGACACGGGUAAUCCCGUCGAAUUCCACUCGAAGGCGGCCACUUUCGUUUCUGCCGUUGAAGGGUUUACAUUUGCUCCUGCUGGGGGUGUUGGGUAUCGCGUGAAACGCAUCGCGAUCGGGGUGGGGCUCGCGUGUGGGGUGCUCGUCGCCGGUGUGGCGGUAGCGGCGUCGUACCUGAGCGGUCCUCCGCAGGAGCGGGGAGCCGGUCCGCCGGUCACCUUCACGGUCCAUCCCGGGGAGCCGUUCGGGGCGGUGGCCGCCCGGCUGGCCGACCAGCGGUUGGUGCGCUCCGAGCUGGUGCUGCGGAUAGUGGCCCACCUCCAGGGCGCCGACAUCCGCAUCCGUGCCGGUCACUACUCGUUUGCCCCUUCACUACGCGCCCGUCAGGUACUGGCGCUGCUGCUGGAGGGCCGUCAGGAAGAGGUCACCGUCACGUUCCCGGAGGGAUGGACCGUGCGGCGGAUCGCCGAACGGCUCGAGGAACGGGGUGUGACGACCGCGGGGGCGUUCACGGCGGCGGUCGCCGACCCGGCGCUGACCGAGGAGUUCGGCAUCCGGGCGGCCAGCAUGGAGGGGUACCUGUUUCCGGACACGUAUCGCUUCCCGCGCGACUACCCGGCCGCCGACGUGGUGCGGAGCCUGGUCGGCAAUUUCUUCCGGCGGCUCGCCCAGGUGCGGCCGGACUUCGAGAGCAUCGAUCCGGACAAACUGCACGACACGAUCAUCCUGGCCUCGAUCGUGGAACGCGAGUACCAGCGCCCCGAGGAAGCCGGGCUGAUCGCUUCGGUGUUCGUCAACCGCUUGGCGGCGGAUGCCGGCCUGCAGUCCUGCGCCACCGUCGCCUACGUGCUGACCGAGGUGCAGGGCAGGGAGCACCCGCGCGUGAUCACCCAUGCGGAGCUGGAGGUCGACUCCGCCUACAACACCUACAAGUGGCGCGGGCUUCCUCCAGCGCCGAUCUCGAAUCCGGGGGCGGUGGCCCUGCAGGCGGCGUUCUUUCCUGAGGAAAGCGACUACUGGUACUUCGUUCUCAAGGACCGGACACAGGCGGGC